AUGAAAUUUGCCUCUGCUCUCAUCCUCGCGUUCGUUGCUGGUGUGCAGGCUCAGCCCUCAGUCAAUAUCUCAGCACUACCCACUGGCAGUCUCACACUCCCGACCAUCACCAUUUCUCCGCCUUCCUCGAUGUCUUUACCCACAUUGACUUUAACCGCCCCAACUUUAACACCGCCUACCAUGACAUUCGGGCCUAAUAGUACGACGACGUCCACGUCGACGAGUGUGACUGCCACGUCUAAGAGCGCAGCAAUGGCAGGCUCGUAUGUUGACACUGAAUUGGUAAUGGGAGCUGUGGCAGGGUUCUUCGGCGUCUUCGCCUUUCUGGUGUAA